AUGUUGCAAUGCAGUACACUUUCCCGUGUAUUGUUAUUGUCAUGUUAUGCUAAUUCUCCGGGCGGAGCUCUCCGUCCUAUUCUACCCUAUCCCAUCUCCCCAGUUUGCCCGUUGUGCCACCAGCAUCGUUAUGAUCCCGUUAGGGAAGCUUGCGAGAACCUGACGCCCGGCCCAAUGGUGUACAGUCUCAUCAUAUCUUCUCUCUGCAAGACUUAUCUGGACCCCAUUACAAACCCAACCCCCUAUGGACAUAGCCACCACAAGGACAAGCUCCGGGUCACACGGGUUUGGGCUGCUGGUUCUCUCGUUCCCGUCUGUUUGCUUGUCGCUGGGCCGAUGGAGUGGACUUCCAAGAGUCAUUCGCGAUCUUCAUGGUUGGUUACUUUCUUGUCGGGAGGGACUACCAGAAAUGGAAACCAAGACGCCGAGGCUCACUGCAAUUUAAUCGGAGGGGAUGAUGACCUGCUAUCGAAGGGCUGUUGCUGGUAA